AUGACCGAGACUGAGACCGUGAUCGCCGUAGAAUCGCCCGCCGAGGCCUUUGCCAUUCCCUCGGCGGAGCCCGUUGUCGCCGAUUCACUUCCGGCCUCUGAGCUUGAGAAGAGCUACACAAAAACAGAAAACACCAACACCAACGUCAAGAAAUCCUCACAAAAAAGUAGCCCUCUUGCGCGACUCCUCAAGUCGCCUUCAGCUAUCGAUGACUUUAUUCUACACCUUUCCCGUGUCAUCAAGACGCGCCAGGGCACAGAUACUGUCCUUCUCUUCACAACAUAUGUCGCUCGCUUGAUCGGAGCUAUUCUCCAAAUCAUGGGCCGGACUACUCUCCGUCACUCGGCUCGAAAGGUUGUCGAAAUGGCCUUCAAAACACCACCCUCGAGUUCUGUAGUCCUUUCUACUGUGACUGCGCCGCCUCUUGCGACACUGGCUCUCGGCCUCUCAAAGAACAUCCAAGGCUUUACCAACAUGAUGGGCGAAUGGCGCACCAUGAACCGUUUCUGGGGCGUUAUUGGUACCUACUUCGAAGCCCGAGAUCUCAUAUUGCGCCUCCGCGGUGAAAUGAUUGACGAGAAGGGUGAAAAGGUCCCUGCGCCCAACCGAGUCAACAUUGCUUUCAUGACUGUGCAGAUUCUCUGCAACUUCGUCUACAACUUUGGUGAGGGUGCCUGCUGGUUGACCUGCAAGGGUGCAACCAACUUGUCCGAAAAGACGAGCGCGAAGCUCGGUCUGUUGGCUGCUCGCUCCUGGAGCGUUUGGGUUGCCCUCGAGCUUGUUCGUUUGUUGAUUGAGCGUGCGCGCAGAACGCCAAGCGGCGACAUCACCACUGAGGAGGAGUGGAAGAUGAACUGGAAGGCUAACUUCCUCGGCACGCUCCCUUGGAUGCCUUUGUCGGCUCAUUGGGGUACCGAGCAGGGUCUGAUGCCUGAGAUUGCCGUUGCGGCUAUUGCUACAUGGCCAGCAACCGUCAUGAUGAAGAGCCUUUGGCGCCAGACUGCUUAG